AUGACCGGCGACAGGAUUAGUCUGGAGCGGAGGCGACAGAUCGUGUCCAUGUCGCUUGCAGUGCAUUCUCAGCGAACGAUUGCUCGAGAGGUGGGAUGCUGCUUGUCUUCGGUGAACCGUAUCAUUCAGCGCUUCCGUGAUGAAGGGCAACUUGAAGAUGCACCGAGGUCUGAACGGCCGCGGGCAACGACGUCGGACGAGAACAGGGCAAUAAUUGCUGCAAACGUGGUCGACCCGUUUCUGACGGUUGUCGAUCUAAAGAAGGAGCUGAGCCUCCAAGCGUCGAGUACAACCAUCCGACGAAGAUUAGCGUGCCCCGGGGGUCUCCGUUCCGGAAGCCGGAACACCGAGAGGCAAGACUGGACUUUGCCUUACGCUACGGGGAGUGUGACCCCGCGCAGUGGAGCCACGUGCAGUUUACUGAUGAGGCAACGUUUAGUACGAAGUGGUCCCAGUGGAGGCGGAUAUCCACCCCAGUACGUUCACAGCGUUGUCUCCAGUGGACGGCACUCCGUGAGCGAGUGGGGCGCCCUUUCGCACCAGGGCUUGAGGCCUCUUGUCCGCCUAGACGGCCGCUUCAAAGGAGCAGCAUACGUUAGAGUCAUCGAAAAUGAACUGCUCCCAUGCGUCCUUGACGGUCUUUUCCCUGACGGUUGCUUUGUUCUACAGCAAGAGAGAAGCCCGGUUCACAUGUUGUCCACUGUCCAGCGCAACUAG